AUGCUGUCCCGCGCGGGCGCGGGCGGUGGCCCCGGAACAGGCGCGGCGCCGGACCGCUUUGCUGGCGGCAAGGCCGGCGCGUCGCGCGGCCUCGCCGCCUCGAUGAACAGCAACGGCAGCAACAGCAGCGGGAUCACGGCCUUGCGCGUCCUGGCCGCGCCCGCCGCCCGCGGCGGCGCAGCGGGGGCGGCGGGCGCGGCCGGGGUGGGGGAGGUCGCAGGCGCGCGCGGUGGCGGCAAGCCUGGAGCGCUACAAGGGGCAGCGAGCCCGGGCGCCGGGGCGGGUGGAAGUUCGCCGGUCACUCCCAAGGUGAAUUCUCACUUGGAAGAGCUGAGGUUGAUGGCGGCGAGCCCCAAGCCUGAGAAGCGACGCACGGCCGGCGACAGGCCGGAUUUGGGCAGCAAGUGGUGA